AUGGCGUCACCAACGCCACCACCGAACAUCCACCAGACGGUUGGUGCAUCUGGGGUGCUUGGUGCCAUUACGACCCACGACGAACCAGUCACGCCAUCGCCGAAGUCUGGUCAGAUCAUGACCGUAGAGGCAUCUUCCUCACCUCCAUCGUCAAGCAGCGUGCUUGAAACCCCGCAGCUUCCAUCGCUAGGUGAAGAUGCCCAGCCCAGGAAGCGCCAAAAAACCCUGCCUUUGGUGGAUGCUUACAGUGUUGCUGCAAAUGAACAUGGUUCAUUCCCAUACUUUGCCAAUGGCGAUGUUGUCAUCACCAUCAAAGACAGCACGAAAUUGCAUGUUUGGCGCCUGCACUCCACUGUCAUUGCCAUUGCUUCUACCAAAAUGAGGGAACUGUUGGCGCGUGCCGAUAACCUGCAGGGAGAGGCCGACAGCCAUCACUACCUGACCUUGGACGAAUCCGUACCUCCUCACACCACACCCCUCUUGAUCCCAGCUCGUGCGGACCAAAUUCCGGAGGAUGUCAUAUCAGAACACCAGGAAUUUUUCGACCGUAGUCUCUUGAGCACUGCCACCGCCUCGAGUAGGGCUACCAGCGUCGUGACCACCAUCAAGUCUGAAGACCAAGAUAGCCGGAAUGUGUCACAACGCCAUGCCAGCCGUGCGAAUUUGGACGCACGCAUCCGGUCAGAGCUCUGCUCGGCCUACGACAAGCUCUUUCGUCACAUGUACCACUUGCCUCUGCACCUCGGCACGACGGCCAAUGCUCAGCACUGUCUGUUUCAAGCCGAAGUCAUCGUCCCGGUAUUCCGGGAAUAUGGUUUCCUCCCAAGUCUUCAGCCGCACCUUCGUGACUCGUUGUCGCAGCUCAGGUUUCAACUCUUCGAAGCAAUCGCCAAAGACCCCUGUCGGUGGCUGAAUCUUUCUAUACCCUUAGAAAGUACCGUCAUCUACAUGGAAGCCUGUAUACAUCUAACAGGAUCUUUCGAUAAGAUUUCCAAGCAAGACAAGAAGACCCGUAUUCCACAUGACGUGCUCAACAAAGUCAAGAAGAAGCGUGAACAGCUCAUGCACGCCCAAGAAAAGGUUCUUGGCGAACUUUUCCGACUGACAAUCCACGUGGAGGAGAAGCCCGUUACAAUGGUUGACCAGAUGGAGACAUGGAUUGCGGUACAAAUCUUCAGGGACUGGCUUGCGAGAGAACUCGACCGAAUCGAAAGGCAGACUACCGGAGGCAGCCAGCACAGCAAGGGUCUGGUCGCUUACUCUGACAAUGCCUCCCCACCAGGCAUUGGUACACUUUUACGCCGGAUACACCGUGGUGGAGAUGCGUACCUAGCCUACGACAAAGUCCUUAAAGAUUUGAAGGAGAGCCAUGAGUACCUCGGAAGCGAGUGGGAGGACCUCGCGGAGGACCUCCGCAGUCUCAAGAAAUUUGCGUCCAAGGCGGUGGAGAGCUUGUGUCGCAACAAUCUAAUGCUCGACCCUGAGCUUCACAAGAUCCCCUACCUCACCUGCGUGGAUGUAGGAGUGAGGGAUCUCCCGUGGCAGACUAACGCGGAAGGAUCAUGA